AAGGCUCAUCCCUCCUGGACUGCAGUUAGAUGCUUGAUAGGCCGUCCAUUGCACCUUAGAUGCCUAGUAGGUCAAGUCUCUGACCCUUAGCACCUGAAUACGUGAAUUCGGAGCUCCUGAGGUCCUGCGUAGUUGUCGCAAAGAUUUCUGUCGACGAUUUCGUCGAAUUCAUUUGCUGGUUCGCUCGCAUCUGACCCUUCCAUGCAUCGAUCCGCGGGCCCUUUUCAUCCUGCCUGCACUUAUGCGUUGGAGUCUUGAACCCCUCCGUCGAGUCCUAUUCAUCGCGCUGCGGUUGUGCCUCGUGUGUCGUGAGUGAACCCGCGCCUCGCGGUGGACGUUAAGCCGGCCAUUCAUGGAGCCGUAGAGCCACACGGGUCGCCGGUGCUGCUGAUGCGGCUGUGGGGUGAAUAAGCUGGCGGCGUGACGUCAGGCAGGGACUUCGAAGCCAGCGGUUUGCGUCGCUGCGUGGCGCGCGAGCAUGGCGUCGUCGCGGCUGCCGCCGCACGCCCCGCUGCUGUCAAGAGGCGCGGUGCUGGAGUCGCGGUUCGAGGUGGAGAAGAAGAUCGGCGAAGGCACCUUCAGUAUCCUCCGCGCGUCCCUCCGACCCCUUUCCCCCCCCCACUCCUCUCUUCCCUCCCUUUCCAUCCAGUGGUCGCCCUUACCUCUUUCUCUCUGUCCCCGCUCUUUUGCCCACCUCCUUGAACGGAUCGCUUUUUAAGAGUCAUUGAAGUCGCUCCUUUUAAGCCAUUUCCGCCUGGCAUGUCAUGUGUGUCUCGCUGCUCUCUCCCUGGGCGUCCAGCGCUGCCCAUUCCCUCCCCUGCUCCGUCGCACCCUUCCACGCUCGUUCCUUCUCACCCAUUCGCCAUCUGCCCUUCCACUCUUUCACAUUCCUUGUCGCGAAUCCGCGCCGUCUCGCCCGCUCCGCCUCUCAGCCCGUAUCCCACCCUCCGCAACACCUUAUGCUAGCCUUCCUUGACCAGCUGCGCGCACUCCAAUCUUUCCAGGCGAGAUCUACCGCGCGCGGGACACGGUGAGCGGGCGCCACGUGGCAGUGAAGGUGGAGAAGGAGGAGUCUGUGCUCAAGUGGGAGGUGUGGGUGCUGAAGCGACUGCAAGGGUGCCGCGCGGUGUGUGGGUUCGUGCACGCGGGGCAGGUGGACGGGCGCGCGUACGUGGCGAUGGAGCUGCUGGGCCCCAGCCUGUCCGACGUGCGUCGCAAGCUCCCCCACGGCCGCUUCCCCGUCGCCACGCUCACCCGCCUCGCCCUGCAGAUGCUACGCGCGCUGAGGGCCAUGCACGACGAGGGCUUUCUGCACCGCGACGUCAAGCCCUCCAACUUCGCGAUGGGCGUGGGCGAGCGACAGCAGCAGUGCUUCGUGAUCGACUUUGGCAUCUGCAAGCGCUUCCGCUCCUCCUCUGGCGACCUGCAGCCCGCACGCCAGGUGGCGCAGUUCAGAGGGUCCACGGCCUAUGCGUCCGCACACUCGCACCUGCUCAUGGACCUGGGGCGGCGGGACGACCUGUGGUCGCUGUUCUACGUGCUCGUGGAGUUUCUCGAGGGCGAGCUGCCCUGGCGCCACGUCACCGAGAAGGAGCGGGUGAAGGAGAUGAAGCUGCAUUUUUUUUACCACCCGGACCAGAUGACCAAGUCCGUGCCCUUCCCACACGAGCUCUCCGCGUUUGCGGAGCACCUGCAGGUGCUGGAGUACGGGGACAAGCCCGACUACGCGUACCUGCAGCACCUGCUCACCGCGUGGAACGCACGCUGCGGAGAGGGCCACCUCCACCAGGACGGCGAGGGUGCUGCCGACGACGCCCACACGGCGCUGCCGCUCCCGCCAGUGCCCACUGCCAACGGACACACCCACUCACCCUCACUCCAUGAUGCUGCUGCUGCUGCCCCUCCCAUGUCUCAACUCCACGGCACGCCGCACACGUCCCCCCUCACCUCUCCUGCCGUGCCGCCCGCACUGCCCUCUCCACCACCACCUGCCAUCGCUGCUCCACCCCUUGAGCUCGCUGGGACGGCUGUGCUGCCAGUGCCGACACUCACAGUAGAAGCGACAGUAGCAGCAGCAGUGGCAGGAGUAAACAUUGCUGCACCAGUUGGCACCAGCCCACCCAUGCCCGUGUCCUCCUCUGCCCCGCUCGCCUCCACCCCUGCCUGUGCCCCCACUGCAUCAGCCCCGCCCAGCCCUAGCGUUCACAGCCCUGCCACCCACACGCCUGCCGUGCAAAGGGCGGCGAGCGCUGCCGUUUGUCCCCCUGCUGCUGCCGCUGCAUCCCAUGGUGCUGCACUGGCCACAGUGCCUGGCGUGGCCGCUGCUGACGCGGCACCGCUUCCACUGGAGGGCGCAGCGGCUGUGGGUAUGGCGCAUGGGCGUGAGCCGUGCGCUGACGCCCUUGAGGCCGGCUCAAGCCCAGACGUGGGGGUGCAGGACAAGGUGCGAGGGUGCAGAGCGGAGGAGGGCGGGAUGCAGGGCGGUGGGAGGAGCCGGGGAAUGGGUGGGGACGGCCGUGGAGCGAGGGGGCAGAGCACUUGCAAUGGUGGCAGUGAUGGCGGCAGCAGCAGCACGACGUCGAGUGUGAGCCACAGCGACAGCAGCGGCAGCAGCUCCAUCAGCAGCAGCGAGGGCAGCAGCGGCAGUGAGGGGGAAGGUAGCAGGGGACGAAGGAGGGAGAGGGAAGGGGGCUUAGUGGGGGUGAGGGAUAGUGAUGUCCGUGUUGCAGGAAAGGGAAGAGGGUAUGACAAGUGCGCUCUUAAGUACCAGCCGCCACAAGGGAGGGGCAUGAGGCAGCAUGGUAGCUGUGGUGCGCAGCAGAGGGGAAGAGGGAGGGCGAGCGCGGAGGACGCAUGUGCAGGCGCGCGGCUCAGGGAGAAGGAAGACGCCAAGGAGGGGCAGCCUUGCUUGGGGGGCGGUGGGGAGGGCGUGACAGGGGGACAGGGCAGCGAGAGGGGCACUGCUGGUGCUGCCAUGGCUGCCGUGGCUGCCGUGGGUCGUGAUGACUCAAGUGGCAGACGCAUGGCAGGGGAGACGAGGAGCGUGCAGGGGAAUGGCCACGCGCCUCACACUCACCAUGCUCCUUGUGGCAGCAGCAGCAGCAGUAGUGGGAGUGACACCCCGAGUAGUGACAGCAGCAGCACGUGCAGCAGCAGCAGCAGCAGUGGCAGCAGCAGUGCGAGCGAUGGGGAGGCGAGUGGCGAGUCUAGGAGCGAUGAGAGUGGCGCUAGCAGCAGCGAGGACGACCCGUCCUGGGGCAGCAGAGGGAGAGGCAGGGGCAGGGCCGGGCGGACCAGAAGGCAACGGCAAGGGGCAGGGGUGGAGGUGCAGGGCAGGCAAAGCAAGAAGAGCGGGGCAGGGGGCAGGAGGAACCGGCCUAGGAGGAGCAGAGGGGGCGGAGGGAAGGAGGCGGGUGGUGGCGCAGCAGACCACGAGGUGAGGGCUGAGUGGGUGAACGGGGCGAUCCCUGUGGUGCUCGCUCUGGCAGCUGCGCCUCUGACGGGUGCUGGGCCCCAUGGGCGGCGAGAGGGCUGUGGUGUGGUGGCAGAGGUGGGGGGGGCGAGGAGAGGCGGCAGUGAGGGCAGGGAUGGGCGCGGUGCAGUGAGGGAAGAGGAAGAGAGGCGGAGCGUGGGACAGGCGCACGUGUUGCAUGAGGGACGUGGAGGGAGAGGAGACGAGGACAGGAGGGGAAGCGGGCAGGGGGCUGGCAGAGAGAGCAAGGAGGGUGAGGUAGGGAAGCACGGGUGGAGGGAGAAGGGGGUGAGCGCGAGUGCAAGUAGGAAUGGGUACGUGGACGUGGCAGCGAGAGGGCAAGCAGAUAGGCAUGGACAAGCGAAUGGGGUGAGGCAGAUGGCCAGCAGCAACGGUGGCAGGCACACAGGGUGCAGGGGCGGAGGGGAAGGCAGGGCGCAGGAAGAGAGGGUGGAAGACGGAAGGCAGCAGGUGAAAGGCAGUGAAGGCGAGAGGAGCAGGGGUGGUGGCAAAUAUGUGGAGAGGGCAAGUGAAGGAAGGGAAAGAGAGACGGAGGGAACGCGUGAUAGAGACGAUAACUGGGCGCACGGCAAGGAGAGGCGGUGGCACAGGGAAAGGGAGAGGCACGGGAGCUGGAAGAGGGAGGAGCGCGAGAGGGAGAAGGGCGGGAAAGGUAGAGAGUGGGAGAGAGAGAAGGAAGGCAGAUGGUCAAAGGAGGGGGAGCGGGCGAUAGAGGAGAGGCGGGUGAGAGCGGCUGAGGUAGGGUAUGGGAAGGCGCAUGUGAGAGGCGUUGAGGCGGUGAGGGCAGCAGAUGAUGGUGCAUGCAAGACUGCUGGUAGCAGGGGGGCGGCGGACGAGCAGCACGAGACGGAGAAGGGGAAGGAGAGGGAGAAGGAGAAUGAGAAGGAGCAGGAGGGCCGAGAUGUGGUGAGGGAAAAGGAUUUGGAAAGGGGGCAGAAGAACAAGGGGGGAGAGAGGGAGGUUUUGAGGGAGAAGAAACCGAAGGAGUGCGUGACUGAGAAUGGAAGGAGGAUUGAGAAGGGGAGAGAGCGGGAGCGAGAGCGAGAGAAUGAGAGAGAAAGAGGGUGGGAGAGUGAGAAAGGGAAGGCACGGGGGAGGGAGAGGGACAGAGGGAGGGAGAGGGAGAGGGAGAGGGAGCAGGAGAGGGAGCGGGAGAGGUUGAAAGGGGAGAGAAGCCUGGAUUGGGACAGUAAAAGGCAAGGUGAGAAGGUGAGGGGCAGUACUGCUGUGGGGGUGGUUGACGGGCGCGAUGAGAAGCAAGGCUCGGCAGAAAGGCGGAGGGAUGGCAGGGCAGAGAGUGCGGCUGGGUGGGGUGAGGCGAGGGAGAGACAGAAGGAGACAAAUUGGGGGGACAGAAAGGUGGACAGAGAGGAGAGGGGGCGGGACAGGGACAGGGAAAGAGAGUGGGAGCGGGAUAAAGAGAGAAUGAGGAACAGGCGGGCAGACAGGGAGGGAAGGGAGAGGGAGCAAGGGAAGGUACGGGAAAGGGAGCGCGGGUUGCAAGCGGUGGAGAGCGGCGGGGCAGUGGGGAGGCGCGAUGAUGGUGGCAGUGCCAUGCGGAGUAGGCAUGAGGCAGCUGAUGCGGCGCGGGACAGGCGGGAUGGCCCAGGGGACAGGGACCGAGACAAGGAGCGCGUUAGGGGGAGGAGCAGGGAGGGGAGCGAGAGGGGAAAUGGGAGGGCAGGGGAGAAGGAGAGGGACAGGGAGAAGGAGAAGGAGGAGAGGGAGGCAGGGAAGGAGAAGGGCCCAAGUGAGGCCACUCGCAGCGGCAACCAUAAUGUGCAGGAGCCCCAGCAGCACCCUCUCCCUCACACUCACUCUCACUCGCACUCCCGCUCGCAUCCUCGCUCCGCGUCCCUGCCCCGUCACCAUGAAGCCACGCCCAGGUCAACCGUUCCACCCUCACCUGCAGCUGCCGCUGCCGCCUCGCCUCACUCAAUCGAUGAGCAAAAGCCUGACUUCACACCUGCUCCUGCUCCUGCUGCUUCUGCUGCCGCAGGCGGCAGCGGUAGUGGCAGCUUGAGUGGUGGCGAGGGCAGGGGCAGGAGGCUGCGCUUGUGUGUGGACUCGCUGCGAUACGGCUGCUGCAAGCACGGGUCCUCCUGCUCCAAAGACCACCCCAAGAGGCGCAGCAGGGACCGCGCCACGUCCGUGUGUCUGGACCACAUGGCCGGCACAUGCCCCUGGCCUGCCGCUCACUGCGUGCGCCAUCACCUCUCCAUCGCCGAGGAGGAGCACUUUUACCGCCGCGGCGUGCUGCCGCCCGAUGCCAUGCAGCCCCACUCCUGGGUGCUGCAGCGCCGCCACCAGCAAGCCGCCCGCCGCCGCCCGCCCCGCCUCGCUGCCGCCCAGACAAGUGGUGAAAACGGCCUGUCUUGGCACGAUGGGGAUGAGCCGCACCCCGCCUCCACCUCGUCCCAGCACGGCAGGGACAGCCCCUGGCAGCACCCGCAGCAGCAGGGGUCGCCAGGUGGGGGAGGCGCAGGGCUGCUGGCGACACCAGUGGGGCUGCUGGCCUCCCCAUCGCCCUCCCCAUCCCUGCUCGGCGCCGCCCCUGCUGGCAUCCCCACCGCACUGCACCACUCUUUGCUCCUCCUCCCACCCCCUGCUGCCUCCUCUGCCUCACCCACCACCCCCAGCACAGCAGCAGCAGCAGCAGCGAGUUGGGCGAGGUGCGACGUGAGCAGAGCUGCCACAGACCCUGCUGCUCCACGUCUUGCUGCUGCCGCCACAGCAGGGGCGGCAGCUGUGCCUUGCGCUGUUGCGCUGCUGCCUGCAGGAGUGGGAACGGACGGCAGCAGGGAGAGGGUGGCCGGUGGGGGGCUGAGGGGGGAAGGCAGGGAGGGCGGAGAGGCAGGGCGGCCUAGGGUGAAGGUGAAGGUGACGAUCAACGAGUGGGGCGUGGUGAUUCCCCCACACGCGUUGCACCUGGGGCUCAACAAACGGCGCAAGGUGGACGGCACAGGGCCAGGCUCGGGUGGACAGGGCUUGCCACUUGCCGGUGCCGCAGCAGCAGCAGAAGCAGCAGCAGCACCAAGAGGAGCAGUGGCAGCAGCAGGGGGCGUUGGGCCAUUCUCUUUGCUGGAGCGGCUCCUGCAGCCGUGUAUGGCAGUAGGAGUAGUGGCAGUGCAGGUGGUGCGAGAAUCAGGUGCAGACAGCUCGACGCAGAUGCGGACAGACACAGACACUGACCCCUGCACCCGCCCCCUCUCACCGCAGUGGGCGGACAUGCCACGCCCGCCCCUGCCCACGCCCCUCUCACGCGCCCACCACCUCACUGCCUGGUGGCUACCCCCUGCUGCCCCCCUCCCCACGCCUGCUGCCGCCCCCUUCGCUGUCGCCACCUCUCCUGCUGCUGCUGCCAGGGGGGCGGGCUGUGCUGUGAGCGUGCAGUGUGACAUUCCGCCCUCGCUCUUGCCCACCUCACAGGGGGGCAACGCACACGAUAAUAAAGAGGGGGGCACUGUGCCUGGUGAUGUACCCCCUGUCAGUCUCUCCUGCUCUCCACAGGGGCAGCAGCAGCAGAGGCGGAAUGAGCAGGGUAGCGAGGGGGGCAGGAGCCCCUGUGACCAGUCGUUGCAGUGGCGUGUGCUGCACGCAUGCAGCGAGCAGCUGGCCCUGCUCAUGCGGCAGUGGCGCGGCACACAGACAGGUGUACCCGUGAUCACACGUGCCCAUGCAGGCAGCAGUGGCAGUGGCAGUGGCAGUGGCAGUGGCAGCGGUAGAGGGAGCGAUGAUGGGGUUGCAGGGAUGGAGACAGCGAGAGGGGAUGGCAGCAGGAGCGAGCAUGGCAGUGAGAGCAGCGAGGGGGCGAGUGGCAGCAGGGAUCUGGGUGCUUGCCCCCUCUUGGAAGAGGCAGGCGCGGUGGACGCAGGGGGGGAGGAGGGAGAGGAUGGGGGGGAGGAAGGGGAGGGGCGUGCAGCGGCCCCAUCGGCAUCAGUGGGGAAGCGGAAGCCGGCAGCGAAUGUGUGGCCUGAUGGGCAGGGGGGGCGUGGAGAGGUGUGCAAGCCGCUCGUGCUGCUGCCCGGACAGCCUGCUCCCUUGAUCCAUGUGGGCGAGGGGAGGGAUGGAGGGAGCAGGGGCACUCAGCUGCGAGAUGAUGGAGAGAUGAGAGGGGGGGAUGGUGGCGGUGGGGGAGGGGGGGUGAAGGGGGCGAAGCAGAGGGGGGAGCAGCAAGAGCAGGUGGUGGAUGGACAGCAGCAGCAGGCCGCUGCAGUGACAGGGGCUCACGAUGCUGCAGUGCCUGCUGCUGCUGCUGCUGCUGCUGCUGCUGCUGCGGCGGCGGCUGCUGCUGCUGCGGCUGCCCCCGGCAGCACGGUUCGGCCACCGUCCGCCUCCCUGCCGCUGCACGGCCUGGCCAUCCCACCAUUCCCCUCGCCCAAGAGAGAGCGCACCCUGCGCACCGUGCCCAGGCGCCUCCUCGCCUUCCCCCUCCUCGCCCUCGCUGCCCCCCCCGCCCUCUCCGCUGCCCCCAUCGCCCCCUCCACUCCGCGCACCCCGCGCUCCACUGCGCCCCUCCCCGCCCCCCACAUGCCCCCUCCAGCGGGCAAACGGGCAGGCGGGAGCAAUGGGGAGCAUGGGGAGAAGGGUAGUGGAGGGAGUGGGGAGGAGCGCGGAGUGGAGAAGGACGAUGGGGAGGGAGGGGGAGUGGGGGGGGAGGAAGAGGAGCAUGGCGUGCAGGAGAGAUUAGAGGUGGCAGCUGAUGCCCACGGUGACCGUGCUGGUGCUGGUGGUGGUGAUGGUGAUGGCGGUGGUGGUGCCAAACGUGGUGGAAAGGAGGAGCAGAGCAGUGCAAAGGUAGAGAGGAAGGGAGCGAGUGGUGAGAAGGUGAAGGUGGGCAGGGGAAAGAGGUUGCAGGCAGGGCCGUACGAAGGGAAGCGAGAGGUGGGGGGGGAAGAAAGGGGGGGCAAGAAGAGGCAGCGGAUGCAUGGAGCAGGCGAAGAGGAGGGAGGCGGUGGCGAUGGGCGAGGGGAGGAGAAGGGCGGUGAGGGGAGGGGAGUGGUGGAGCAAGGACAUGGAAGAAGGGGAGGCGUGGUGGGUGGAGGGGGGGGAAGAGGCAGAGGAAGGAGGAAGAACUUGGAGAAGGGGCGUGUAAGGGAGCGGGGUGGUGAAGAGCGGCAGGGGGGGCAGCAGACGAGGGUGGGGCAGCAGCGGGACAGGCGGGGGCGGUGGAGGCAUGGGGGAAAGCGUGGAGGGAUGAAGAAAAGCGGUAGGGCAGGCAGGGAGGGGAUGGAGGAGGGAGAGGAAGGUGGCGAAGCCAGGGUGAGUGGCGCGCACGGGAGUGCAGGUGGCGGGAGGGCAGGGGCGGAAGCGAGGCACGUGAAAGCCGCCAGGAUGGAUGGCGCAGGGCAAAGCAGCACAAGGCGAGGUGGUGGCAGGCGGAGGGAGGGUUCAGCUCUGUCCAGGGGGCGAGAGGGGCAGGUGGGGGCAUUGGGUGGGGAGGGGGAAGGGAAGGGGGAGGGGGAGGUGAGCAAGGGUGAGGAGGCAGUGCCACAAUUAUGGUCCGGUGGUAGCGGGAGUAGUGGGAGGGUGGGCGGGAGAGAGGAGAGGAUUGUGCGUGAGGAUGGGAGUGAGGGAGACGAGGGGAGUGAGAGUGAGAGUGAGAGCGGGAGUGAGAGUGACAGCUUUUCAAGCCUAUUUAGAGAGGAGGAGAGUGAGGAGGAGAGUGGGGGCCAGGGAGGAGGGGAGGACAUUGAGGUGGAUGGGCCAAACCUGGAGGGGCAGCAGGCAGACGAGGGAGGGGCAGAGGCCAGCCCGUCACACGAUGGCAGUGGCGCUGGCUGUGGCGCUGCUGGCUGUGGUGCUGCUGGCAGUGGUGACGCCAGCCCUUGCCUGUCCACAAGCCCGGGCUUUGCUGCCAUGCCCUCGCCGCACCUGACGGCCAGCCCCUACCUGAGCUCCACCACGUACCUCAGGGCCAGCCCGCACCUGCUCAUGAGCCCCUACUUGCACGCCAGCCCUGGCCCCGGCGCCAGUCCUGUUGGCAGCACCACGUUUUCUCCCCGGCCUCUGGUUGAAGCGCCCCUGUCCGCCUGUGGGUCUCCUGCUGCUGCAGAGGCGGGAGGGGAGGGCAGGGAGGAGAAGCGGGGGGAGCAGUGGCGUGCGGAGGAGAGGGGUGUGCGGCGCGAGAGGACGCGGCUGGUGAAGGAAAUCGGUGGGGGUGCUGUGGCGGACCACACAGCCGCGCCUGAGGUCAUAGCUGUGCGUGCUGCUGCUGCUGAUUCUGCUGCCGCACCUGCGGGGUCGUCUCCAGGUUCUGAGGAGCCAAGCGGUGGCGUCAUGGCUCUUGCUCCUCCUGCUGCUGCUGCUGCUGGUAGCAGUGGCGGCACGGUGGUGAGUGGAGACUUGGGCGGUGGAGGAGGGGUGGGCGGGGAGUCGCGGAGUGGGGCAAAGAGAAAACGAGAGGCAGGCAGGGGGGUGAACGAUGCAGCAGAGGGAGGGGAGGAGGGAGAGGGGGAUGGGGAUGGUGAAGGUGAGGAUGGCCGGAGCAAGGUGGUGGGGAGCUUAGGGGGCGAGUUGUGGGGGCUGAAGAGGCAGCGGUCACGGAGAGGAGCGAAGCCGGUGGAUGGCAAGCAGGGGCAGGGAGCAGGAGAGGGUGCAGCGGGAGAGGGUGCAGCGGGAGAGGCAGCAGCAGCAGGCAGUUCGGAGAUGAGGGUGGCGGACGCGUUGGGCGGGGUGAUGCGCGCCAUGGAGCAGCCCGCUGGCACCUGAUGGCCUGAGGUGUGCACACCGCACCCCCGGCAAGCAGCGCUUGACUCUUGAGCGGCGGUGGCACUUGUCACUUGGCACGGGCAUGGCCCUAUGCUCUGCACACAUGGUGUUGCAUGGUCAAAGCAGCCCAUCUGCUCGACCACCCGGCAUGCCAUGCAUGCGCGCUGCUCUCCUCGGCUGCGCCUUACCACUGUCACGGCUUCGCUUCACAGCGACCCACCAACAGAAAUGCACGCACACACUACGCAUGCUGCGUUGGUGCUCCAAUUUGUCGAUGUUCUUUGUGGGGGCGCUUCAGCACUCAUAUCACCGAUUGAUCUGUGCUGCGCUUGCCAUAACAUGGUGACAUGGUAGUCAUGUCAUGUGCCUUGUUGUCU